UCGCAACACACCAACACAACUAUCUACCAACAACUCAACUCAACACCAUUUUCUACCAACAACUCAACUCACCUCGACUCAACCACCAAAAUGCCUCUCUCAACCUCCGCCAUCUUCAAUACCCUCCUCUUCCUCUCCUCCCUCCACCCCACAACCGCCCGCGUCCGAAUCCGCACCUACACCUCCCCAACCACAACCUCCAACUCCACAGCUCUUCUCGCCUGCAUAACCCAAAUGCAUUCGGACCUCCAAGCCAAUCCUCGAGCACGCGCCAUGCCAGGCUACACUUGCGGAAAUUCAACUUUCUACUACGGAACUCCUGGACUUGGAGGCGCUACGGGAGAAUCGGAUUUGUAUGCUGUGGAGAAGUGUGAGCCGGAUAUGACUGAGAGGGCGAGGGAGGGGAGGGAUUGGUUUGAGUGUAGGGUUAGGGCCGCGUGGGGGGAGAGGAGGGUUGGGUGGAAGGGGCUUGAGGGAGAAGGGGAGAUGGAGGAGGAGGAAGAGGAGCAGGAACUCGAAGAGCAUGAGGAGCGUGAUGUGAUUGACGGAGCGGAGGGAGAUGCUGAAGAUGGGAUGGAAUAUGACGAGGGUGACGAAACCUAUGAAGUUGGCGAGGCGAACCUUGAGGAGGGUGAUUGGAAGGAUGAGAUUGAUGGUGAGGAAUAUGACGAAGAUGCCGGGACUGAUGACGAGGAGGACGAUGAACAGAGUUAGGCGAAGAAGAAUGACUCCUCAAGAAGAACCACGAACGUGUUGAGCUGACUUUGGAAUGGCGAUCCUGCUACUAACAUCAUUUUGGAGAUGCGGACUGAUGAAGCUUGUGUUGCUUGCAAAAAGCAAGGAAAAAAGAAAGAGUGACUGAUGUAUCACUAUGGUCUUGGAUACACUUCCAUAAUUGACAUACAAGACAUACAUAGCCUUCAAUAAAUCCCCAUAAAACCUUC